AUUUUAUAACUUUAUUGUCCCUAUACCAUUUUCCUAAAAUCAACACAUCUGAGUGUAGGAUUGGACAGGUCCUCUCUAGAUGUACUGCUGAAGUAUGUGAGAGCUAAAGAGAUUGACAUUGACGAAAAGAACCACCUAACCGAGUUGAGUGGCAGUGGAAGUGAUCAGUAGUCACCAGUACGUUGGGUGUACGUGUUUGUCCGUUAACUUGUCAGUGUGAGCAUGAGCAGAGGAAGGGGGCGGGGCAGAGGGAGGGGGAAACCCUUCGCGAACAUGGAGGGUAUUGGGCUCGCACCAGGCGCAGCCGCUCCUCCACCCAUUCUGAAACCACCACCACUUUACCCAGUUCUCGAACGGAAACCUAUGGAAAUGAAAAUUGAUGAUGUCAGCAAAUAUCUGUACUCGAUCAAGCAGGAAUUUCGACAGCACAUGAAGCAAAGCCCAUUUCAUCUUAAGAAAGAUCGUGUGAAGGCUUCGAUUGAUCGCUACUCUGAUAAAUAUCAGGAGGCUACAAAUGACAAAGCAGAAGAAACGUUACCAUGGAAAACAGAAUGGUCUUACUUCCCUGAAGAACUACAACUCAAAAAAAAGCGAAAAAUUAUUAAGAGAGUCGUGAAAACCAAACUGAGUACCGUAAAACGCAAAAAGAGAAAAAUAAAGCAAAAAAUUGAGUCUGAGAGUGACUCUGAUUCUGCUACUCCUUUGAAAAAACGAAAGGUGACUUUUGAAGAUUCUGACGUUGUCACACCCAAAGACAAAGACGUGUUGAAAAAGCUGAAAGAACUUGAGAAAACGGAGGGUAGUGAUGACAAUGCCUCAGGGGAGGAGGCAAUUAGUGGAGACGAGGAAUAUUACGACGAAGUGAUUGAAGAGGAAGGAACUGACUACAACCAGACGUACUUUGAUAAUGGAGAGGAUUUUGUAGAGGAGGACAAUUUGGAAGAGAACGAAGGACCUUAUUACUAGUUGUUGUUGUGUUUUUGAUUUGAAAUCAGACUUUUGUACCAAUCUCAUCAAUUAUUGAACCAAACUGAA